AAAACACUUGUAGAUAUAGUUCAACUCUGACAAUUUAAUUAAAUAGAAGCUCCAAUGAUUAUUUUGGUACCCUCACUUAAAUAUUAUUUCCGCUCGCAUUUAUUUAUUCGUUCAAGAAUUGGCCGAAGGUAACUUCAGUUACUAGCCAUCACGAUACUUAACCCUUAGGUAUGGGGAGCGGGUCGUGACAAAUAAAUAGCAAAAUAUUAUUUAAUGUAAGCUAAUACAAAUUAAAUCUAACUCAAGCUUAAACACAAGUUUAUAGUACUCCUUCCUUCAUUCACCUAAUAAUUUAUGUAUCUGAAAGAUUAUUAGGUGCAAUCAAAUUCAUUGUAAUAGAUCAAUUAUGUGAAGAAAUAUCAAUAUAGAUAAAAUUUCAAAUAUAUAUAAAUAGGUUCGGUUCUCAAUAUGGUUCGGUUUAGACGAUGUCUAAACUAAGAACCAACCCAAUCCUAUCGAUUUGAUGAUUUAAAGACCCAUAAUCAAAUCAAUGCACUCAAAAACCAAACCAAACCAAACCAACCCAACUCAACCCAACCCAAAGAGAUCGGUUUGAUUUAGUUCUUCAAUUCACUGGCUAACACGUGCAAUACAAUUUUUUGUGUUCUUUUCGUAUUCUAAUUUUAUACUCAACCAAACCACACAAUACAGUUUUUGUGUUAUAAUUAUGUGUACAUAGUAUUACUAUUGCUAUGAUGGUUAUUAACAUUUUCACUACACCAUUUAUGUCAUAACUUUCACUUCAUGAGUGCGUACCAUAGAUCUCAUUCUUUUAUCACAAAGCGGAUAACAUUUUUUUUAUCGUACUAAUUUUUUAGGGGUGUGAACAGUUAUGAACAAGGCUGAGGAGUUGGAAAAUUUAUGUAAUUGUUCCUUGAGACAAUAAAAAAGUAAGAGGUUCAAAAUUUGAGUUGAUCAAGCAAUUACAGUCUUUUCAUUCAUUGUAAUCAAACUUACUAACAUUUUAUUUUAUGAAAAAGGAAAAAAAAAAACAAAUUCAUUCUUGCUGUGACUCACAAGUCUAUAAUACUAAAUUUAAAUAAAAUUCACUGUAUAUUUCAUUUUUAGAUAAUUUUUCUAACUACUUUUUCACUAUCCCUAUCAUUUUUUCUUAAGUAAUCCAAAAUAUGAAUGUUGUUGCAUGUAUACUAGCCGUGACGACACAACCAACUGAUCAAAAAUGGAGUAAAGGCCCUCUUCCUCUUCAAUAAAACAACUUUAGUGAUGAUCCCAUUGAACCAUAAAGAAACAAACUUUGAAGUAAUAUUAAAAAAACCCUCCAAAAAAAUGUAGUGAUGUGGUGGAGCCAAUAAACAUGAGAAAAAGAUUGAAGUAGUACAGUGUUUGUUUGUCUAUUAAUAGUGACUGAGAUUCCAAGUUUGAAAGAAACAGGAUCUCUUUUGGCCUUUUGUUUUGAUCACCAUCUUCUUCUACUUUUGUUGUUGUUGUUGUUCUGUUAUUUCAGAGUUGCUGUGUCUCAGUGCAUUGAUUUUCAUUCUCUCUCAUGGCUAGAACACAAGGACUCAACAAGCCAUGUAUACUCAUCAUAGUGAUAGCUGGUAUGGAGAGGUUUGCGUUCAAAGGGGUGGCAUCAAAUUUGGUAACUUACUUAACAGAUGUUAUGAAGAUGAGCAACUCAUCGGCUGCCAAGACGGUGAACAGUUGGUGUGGAGUCACAUCCCUGUUGUCUCUCCUUGUGGCACCCCUUGCUGACUCUUACUGGGAUCAGUAUUCUACCAUUUUAUUCUCUUCUUUCCUCUAUGCUCUGGGUCUUCUAGCACUGACAUCAACAACAUUGCCAACCAACAAAACCAGUUCCACCUCUUCACUUUUCUGGUCUCUCUACAUGAUUUCAAUAGGCCAAGGAGGGUACAACCCGUCAUUGCAAGUGCUCGGAGCAGAUCAACUUGAAAACGAGGAUGAAACAUCGCCUUUCAGCAAAAAUGAAAAGAAUUCUGACAAGGGUUUGUUCUUUGGGUGGUCGUACUUUGGGAUUUGCAGUGGCAGCCUCUUAGGUGUCACGGUUAUGUCGUAUAUCCAAGAUAACUUAGGAUGGGGAUUAGGAUUUGCUAUCCCAGCGAUCAUGAUGGUUACAUCAAUUGCAUUUUUCUCUUGUGGUAGCAAAUUUUUCGUGUACAAGCAGGCUAACAAGGGUGGUGAUGUGAAGUCCUUGAAGAACAUAGUUCAUGCCAUCAAAGGGACUGCUGCCAAAAUGAUGAAUGUUCAAUUAACCGUGUCAAACAAAUCCGAUGUGGUUGAGCUAGAGCUUGAAGAACAAAAACCACUGUCUCACCAAGAUCUUGAUGGCAGCGAGGGCGUAGACAAGAGCUCUAACACUGGCAUUCACCUGCCUGAAAUCGCGAAAGUCAUAUUGCACCUCUUACCUACAUGGACUACUCUUCUAAUGUUUGCAGUGAUUUUCCAGCAGCCCAUGACAUUCUUUACAAAACAAGGUGUGACAAUGCAGAGAAACAUUGGAAGCAACUUCAAAAUCCCACCGGCUAUGCUACAGAGUGUGAUCACAGUAUCCAUAAUCCUGUUAACGCCUUUAUAUAACAUGUACUUCAUCCCCCUCGCUCGCGUUGUCACGCACAACGAGAAAGGUAUCAGCGUGAUGCAGAGGAUGGGGAUCGGAAUGCUUCUUUCAGUCAUAGCGAUGGUGAUUGCAGCGCUUGUAGAAACGAAGAGGCUCAAAAUAAGUAAAAACACACAAUCAGAAACAGUGCCACUUAGCAUAUUUUGGUUGCUGCCACAGUACAUUCUGUUGGGUAUUUCGGACAUUUUCACCGUUAUUGGGAUGCAAGAGUACUUUUACAGUGAAGUUCCUAUACGAAUGAGAACAACGGGGAUAGCACUGUAUACAAGUGUUUUUGGGGUAGGAAAUUUCUUGAGUGCACUGUUAAUUACCAUUCUCGACUAUUUCACAAACUCAAGAAGAGGAGGAAGACAAAGUUGGUUCUCUGAUGACAUGAGAGAAGCUAGGCUAGAUAAGUACUACUGGCUUCUUGCCUUGGGAAGUUCUUUAAGUAUGCUAACAUUUGUAAUCUUGGGUAGAUUUUACAAAAGUAGAAUAUGAUUUGCUUAAUGUAAUAUGUAACAUAUGCUUCAUUUUCUGACCACUGUUUAGGUAAUGUUUAUAGCUUUGUAUAGCUUUUUAAUAGUAUUAUUCGCUGUAAUUGAAGUGAGCAGACUUAUUACAAAGCAGAGGUCCCUUAUCACAACACCACUCCACCUC